UAUUCUGGUGGUGACAGGAGUGUCAGGGUCAGAUGGCUGCUCAGCCUGAUUAGACCAGCUCACAGCAGAUUCUCAGCCCAGCAUACACGCUGUACUCCUGCAGGAGAAGAGAGCCACAAACGGGCACACACAGCACGAUGCAGUGACUACAGAGCUGGCCAGAAAGGGCAGCAAGAAAGGGAGGAGGUUAAUGUUCUAGUGGGUCACAGUUAGCUACAGGUGGUUGUAGAAUUACUUCACCCCCCUUGCUUCUGGAUGUCUCUCUUGUUCGUUGUGGAAAACUACUAAAAACGAGGUGACUGAAAGCCAGAAUAACUGAACAAAAUCUGUGUUUGGAGGGGACACUGAGGACCUAAGUGAACCGUCGGUUGAUGGCGUUUGUGCGGCAGAGUGGGGACUACUGCCACGCUCAACACAUUUAGACGGUGCCUGGGACGAUGCUGCGCCAUGCAGUCUUGGGGCCAUGAACACUGAAAGAGCGCUAUCAUUUGCCUUAUGAACUCACCAGCUAAUGGGGUAGCAAGUGGAGAUUCAGCACUGAAAGCUGAACCGAGAGAAAAGGACAGAAAGAGUGACUGAGAGAAACAAAAGAAAGCAAGCAUCAGAGACAAUCACAAGCAUAAAAAGUAAGAGUGACAGUGCAGACUACUGGACUAUAGGACACAGGCAUCAGAUGGCAUAACAAUCUGGAAAACAUAUCCUGAGGACUGGUGAAUAUACAUCGGUUAAAAAAAACAGGAAGGAGGUCCAUAGUCAUCUGGAGAUUUAAGUUAAAGACACAGCUACACACUACUACAGUUGAAGCUAAAGGUCAGAGGUCUCCUUGCAGAGCCAAAGGUUAAACAAGCCACCAUGAACCGUCCUGCUCCUGUGGAACUGUGCCACAAGAACAUGAGAUUCCUCAUCACACACAACCCCACAGACAGCACACUCAACUCCUUCAUAGAGGUCUUAAAAAGGUACGGAGUCACAACUGUGGUGCGUGUUUGCGACAGCACUUACGACAAAACUUCUCUUGAGAAAGAUGGGAUCACUGUAGUGGAUUGGCCCUUUGACGACGGAGCCCCGCCCCCUAACAAGCUGGUUGAUGAUUGGCUGACUUUGUUGAAGAAGAAGUUUCAGGAGGAUCCUGGGUGUUGUGUGGCUGUUCACUGUGUAGCUGGAUUGGGAAGGGCUCCUGUGCUGGUGGCUUUAGCGCUGAUAGAAAGCGGGAUGAAGUAUGAGGAUGCCAUUCAGCUCAUCAGGCAGAAACGCAGAGGAGCCAUCAACAGUAAACAGCUGACAUACUUGGAGAAAUAUCGAUCGAAACAGAGGCUUCGUUUCAAAGAUCCUCACACGCACAAGAACAAGUGUUGCAUCAUGUGAAAAAGCACGUUCACACACAAACACGGAAAGACUACUUGCACCGCUCACGAAUGUCUCAGGAAUCCAGUUGUAUAGGCCUUACAGUGACUACACUGCCUCGUCCUUCAAAUGUUGCUGUUAUUGCAAGUUUUCAUUUUUCUUUUUACUGAUUUCAUAUCUAUUAAUGAGUUGCUCCAU